UCCGUUGGUGUACUUUGAAACAAAUAUUAUGUCGGGAACUUAAUAUUGUUACAUUUGACUAAACUAUUAGAACAAACUCCGAAUUGCCAAGUGGAAUUUCCGAAUAUACGGCAUCAAACGAAACAAUUUAUAUUGCAGAUGAUGCUUUGUACAAUCUUAUUGCCGAAAGUGAUCUAUCACAGGUUUUCUAAAAAAGAAAAAAAAGAAAAAGAAAAAAAAGAAGAAAACGAAAAAAAAGAAGAACAAGAAACAGAAUGGACACGUAUUGAAAAUUUUUUUCUGAAACCAGUAACUAUAUUUUGUCUUAACUUGUUAUCGUAUGUGAUAUUCCUGGGCCUGUUCAGCUACCUGAUGGUUGUUAGUUUUAAUCCGACAUUCUCUGUUAUUGAAAUAAUUAUCUGUGUCUGGGUUUUUACCUUUUGUGCUGAGGAAAUAAGGCAAUGUAUUAGCAGUGAUUCUAAGGGUAUUUGGGAACAAAUGAAGGUAUAUCUUAAAGACUCGUGGAACGUAUUGGAUAUCACUACCAUUAUAGCUUUCUUUUUUGGUAUAUGUCUACGAUUGAUAAAUAAUGACCUAUGUUUCGAAGCUGCACGGGUAAUCCUAUGUGUGGAUUUACUUUUCUUCUAUAUCCGUAUUCUUAACAUUUUCGAAGUAAGCAGUUCUUUGGGACCAAAACUUGUCAUGAUGCAACAAAUGUUUCUCCAGGACCUGAUACCAUUUAUGGUUAUUGUAUUGGUUUUUAUUUUGGCUUACUCUGUGUCAACAGAGGCAAUGUUGUACCCGAAUACCGAAUUAUCAGUUAAACUUCUGUAUCAACUUCCACGAAAGGCGUACUGGCAUAUUUAUGGGGAACUGUUUUUAGAUGAUAUAGAAGGUACAAACCCUUGUACUGAUAAUCCUGAUAAAUAUGAUACAAAUAGUGAACUACGAUGUCCAUCAGCUGUAGGGAAGUAUGUGGCUCCGCUUUUCCUAGGGAUUUAUGUACUUUUUACCAAUGUACUUCUAUUGAAUAUACUCAUUGCAAUGUUCAGCAAAACAUUCAAUGAUAUUCAAAAGAAAUCCUACUCUUACUGGUGUUUACAGCGAUAUCAACUGAUCCACGAACACUACGAUCGCCCCUUUCUUCCUCCUCCUCUCAUCGUGUUCGUGCACCUAUACAGAAUUUGUAAAUGGUUAAAGCGUAAAUGUACAAAUAAGCAUAAUGAAGAACAGAAUAUCUUCAAAUGGCAAUUUAAAAGUAAACGUACUAAGACAAUCAUUAAACUAGAAAAGUCUAAAGCAAAACAGUGUUUACAGAUGCACAAAAAACAGAGAAUAAAAUUAGAGACAUACAUCGAAAAAGUUCUAAAAUCACAAACAGAACUCGAAUGUAAAUUAGAGGCAAUUGAACGUGAGGUCAACCCCAAAAGAAAAAAUUCCGCAAAUCUAUUGUACGACUAUUAAUUUGUAGCUGGCUGGACGAAUCGACUAUCCUGAUCACUGUGUUGCAGUAUGGGACAGUACUGGGAAAUGGUACCUCGUCUACGAUUCUUUGUAUGAUUUGAUGUAUUUGGAUUUGAACAUAGUUUUCUAAUCACCAUUGCCUCAACCGAAUUGAAGAAGCAUUAUGUAAGAUUAAGAUAGAGAGAUGGCCAUUCGUGCUAUAAUAGUUCUAAAAUAGAUAAUAUUCUGAGCUAUGUUGUCUGUGUUGAAAGUUUUGACAAGAUGUAGCAUAUAUUGCUUUUAUCGUAGUAACGAUAUUUGUUGAUCUAAAUUCAAACUCGAUUCAACAUUUUUAAAUUAAAUCAAUAAAUGGGGAUCGAGUUUCAAUCCAUUUAAAUCUUCGCCAUCCAAUGGUCUAGUGAGUUGAUUAUAGGCUUGUUUGUGAACAGAUGUUUGAAUAAAUAAUGAACUCAAUGACCAUUGAAUACCGCUCGGGUUAUUCAAUGGUUCAAGAUUGUUUUUAUUCUAUAACUACAUGCAAAUCUCAAAAUACAUUGUACUAUCCAGAUUAUCAACAAAAAGAAAUCAUCGCCACUAACGUUAAAAUUAAGCUCUUACAUAAUGCAUCUUUAAAUAUGUUUCAAUUUUACUGCAGAUAUUGAUUAAAUACAUCUUUUGUAUGAUAUUUUAUUUACAAAGGGAUAUUUGAUAUGAUAAUAGAUAUUUUAUAUGAUACUAAUUAUA